AUGCGAAUACUCAGAAUUUUCGGGAAAACAAUGGAGCGAGGGUUUGUAGAGGUGAUGAGUUCGAAUCUGGAAUCCAAUCUUUUCGAUCACUCAUCGGUUACUUCGCAAUCAACAGAUGCAGCGGAUUUUGGAAAAUACGUCCCACGGAACGAUCCAAGGAGUGCAUUACCUGGAUGGAACGAUAUGGUUCAGUAGAGUGGAUGCAAUGAUAGCUACGUUAUGAUAUAUCUCUACGAAGAAGAAUGUUUGUCUGUCUGUACGCUAUACAUUCAGUCCCUGCGAUAGCUAAGGUCACCGAACUCUCCGCAUCAGUUGCUUAGGUUUCAAGAAAAGUUGAAAGAGGGUCGACAUGGUCAUCGGGAACGGGUAAUAGGGGCCUAGGUGAAACUUCACACAGGUCAUCCGACACCGCGACUUUUCCC